AUGACGCAACCAUGGACAACAUUAGAAGCCGAUGAAGCGCAAUUUACUGCAGUGGCAUAUUCAACUAGAAACCAAGCCCCAUAUAAUGGAGCAGGGCUAGAAGUUUACGACAAAUCUAGACCUAUUCAAAUCGAAGGCAAAAGGAUCUUUGGAGUUCUUAGAAAGACAGUGGUAAUGGUUGUUAGCGUUUUCCUCAUGGUAGUGUGCGUGGUCGUUGGAAUUGGAGUCGGAGUUAGUGCAUCAAAAGGAAACCACAAAAAUCAAAGUGAAGUCGCAGCCAAUUCGAACACGACUACCAUUAAGUCUACGAUCCCACCCUCAGAGACCGCUAUUAUUCAAUCGGCGACGGACUCGGAGAUACUCGUUACUGCACCCACGGGAUCUUAA